AUGUCAAACAUAAAUUUACUGCAAAGACCAAGAACUAGACCCAGAAGGGCAUCUUCCGUCGGGAGGAUCGACCUGGGUGACACAGUUUCAAGAUUACCCAGCACAAGACAAUCAAGAUAUGCAUCUCAGAGAAGAAUGGAGACAUUAUCUCAGAUCACUAAAAAUGAUAGAGAAUUACUUCAAAAAUUCUGGCUCUCCUUUCGUGAAAUGAACUAUAGACAUCCAUGGAUUGCACCACUAAUUGUUUUAGUAAUUGUAUAUUCUGCAUAUCUGACAUCGGGAAAUUUGACUGAAACUAAUCCCCUACAUAUGUUUGUUGCAAUCUCCUAUCGUGUUCCAGGUACAACAGACGUGUAUGGCAAAGGUAUCAAAGACCUUUGUUUUGUGUUCUAUUAUAUGAUAUUUUUCACAUUUUUCAGAGAAUUUAUACUAGAUAUUGUUAUUAAACCAUUACCUGAUAUAUUAGGUGCCACAUAUAAAAGAAAAAGAAUUAAAGAACAAUCAUUUUACGUCAUAUACUAUGCUUUAUCCAGUCCCUUCGGUCUUUAUAUCAUGUAUCAUUCAGAUCUCUGGUUCUUCAAAACAAAACCAAUGUAUGAAACAUAUCCAGACUUAAAUAAUCCAUACUGGUUCAAAAUAUUUUAUCUUGGUCAAGCAGCAUUCUGGGCUCAACAAGCAUGUGUCCUUGCGCUACAAUUGGAAAAACCAAGAAAGGAUCACAAAGAAAUGAUCUACCAUCAUAUUGUGACACUUUUGUUAGUAUGGUCGUCAUAUGUCUUCCAUUUCACAAAGAUGGGACUACCCAUUUAUAUUACCAUGGACAUAUCAGAUUUAUUGUUAGCUUUAUGUAAAAUUUUCAAUUAUUUGAAUUAUUGGUUUACCCCAAUAUUUUUCUUUAUAUUUAUCGCGGUUUGGAUCUAUACACGCCACUAUAUAAAUAUAAAGAUUCUUUGGUCUGUCCUUACUGAAUUCAAAACUGUUGGUGAUUAUAGAUUAAAUUUUGCUACACAACAGUAUAAAUGCUGGAUUUCUCAACCUAUCGUCUUCACAUUAAUUGGCGCAUUACAAUUAGUUCAAUUGUAUUGGCUGUUUUUAAUCUUUAGAAUUGUUUAUAGAAUGGCCACACAAAGUGUUUAUGAAGAUGUUAGAAGUGAUGCAGAGUCUAGUGGAGACGAAGAUGAUGAAGAACACGAAAAUGGUACAGAAAAGAAAGAAGAGAAAUAUACAAGUAUCGCCAAAACUUUUAAAAAACAGGAAUGA